CCAUUUUGUCCAAAAAACAAGUUCCUUUCUUUCUUUACGCAUAAACUUUUUCUCAAGUUGUCAUGGCUGUCACUGCAAAGAGAAAGCAAAAGAAAAGCUCAGAAUCUGAGCCUCCUGCUAAGAUAGCUAAGAAGGAAGCACCUGUCGUAAAGGACGAAUACAUUGAUGAAUCUGGAUCGGACGAUUACGAUGAGGAUGAAGAAGACGAAGACUAUCAACUCGAGAGUACUGAAAUAAAGAAAACAGCUCCCACUGAAGAUGAUAUCAUUGCCGGUGAAUUGGAAGGCUUGAAAGAAACUGUGGAGCUAUUUAAAUCAAACAUAUUUAAACUAGAGAUUGAAGAAUUAAUGUCUGAAAUCAGCAUGAACUAUGAUAAGCACAAAGCACUGGAAAAGGCACUUCACAAUUUGAAAGCAACGUUUGAUAGCAUCCCAGAAGGCAAACCAAUGAAGCUCGUUGAAUUUGCAGAUAAUAUGCUCAAGAAGAACAAAAUUGCUAUACCUUUCCCUGAUCCUCAGCCUUCACCUGAUGCUUUACACUCAUUUGCUUUCCAAAAGCCAUCAUCUAUUCAUAUUGUUGGUGGAUAUGCAUUAAAGACUGUAGCAAAGACAAAGACGCCAUUCACUGUAGAUGUAGCUGUGGAGAUGCCAGGUUCUAUUUUCCAGGAAAAGGAUUAUUCCAAUUAUCGUUACUUCCACAAGCGUGCUUGUUACUUGGGUGUUUUGGCACAUGCCAUUCAGUCAUCUAAAAAGAAAUUUCAUAUUGAAUACAGCACCAUGAAUAACGAUCCUCGUCGUCCUAUAUUGCUAGUUAAACCUAGUGGAGAUAAAUCAGAUGUGGAUUUCUCAAAGGCAAAGUGUGUUAUCCGUAUUUUGCCUAGCGUCGACCUCGAUACUUUCCCCAUGCAUAGGCUCGCUCCUGGUAAAUCUAGUGUGAAAACUUCUACAGACAACGCUAUGGCUACACCGCACUACAACGCCUCACUUUUAGUCGAUACUUCUUACACAGCAAAUUUGGCAUUUUUAUAUCAGCAUAGUAAAGCAUGCCCUGAAUUUAAGAAUGCUGUUUUGUUGGCUAGAACAUGGAUCUAUCAACGCGGACUUGCAAAUAUCGGAUUUACACCAUUUUUGUUUGCUAUGAUCAUGUCUUACUUGAUGCAAGGCAAUAAGGAUGGUAUCGACAAGAAACUGUCGUCAACUCACAGUUCAUAUCAAUUGUUCAGAGGUACUCUUGAUUUUAUUGCUUCAAGAGACUUUAAACAAAACCCUGUAUUUAUUGGUGAAAGCGAAAGACAAGAGUUUUCGAAGCAAGAAUUCUUGAACCACUACGAUGUGGUUAUUGUAGACCCUUCAGGAACACUCAAUCUUGCUGCUUCAAUCCAUUCAUCCGGACUUGCUCAGAUACAACAUGAAACCAAGUUGGCCAUGUCACUUCUUAACGAUCCUGUGGACCGAUUUGAGCCCAUGUUUCUCAAGAAAGUUAAUGAUACAAAGCUCAGAUAUGACAAUAUUGCCCAUAUCAAGCUUCCAGCGCCCUCUACUGAAGUAUUUACGGAACAUGUAAAGGCAGACUAUUACUCAUAUCUUCCAUUCUUUGUCCAACGAAUCAGUCAUGUCUUAACAAGAGGUUUAACAAACCGUGUUGAUUUAAUUGCUGUCCAACAUACCUACCAUCACCCUCACACUUGGUCUGUUGAUGCCAAAAUGCCUACUGAUAUAGAUCAAGAUGCAGUCAUUACCAUUGGCUUACUGCUUAACUCAGAUAAUGCCCCUCGAUUAGUUGAUCAAGGACCACAAUCACAAAGCGAAGAAGAAGUUGCUGAAUUCAGAAAGUUUUGGGGCAAUAAAUCAGAAUUGCGUCGAUUCAAGGAUGGAUCCAUUGUUGAAGCAGUUGUCUGGCAAACACAAGGCUAUGAAAACCGUAGUCUCAUUGUACAGCAGAUUGUUCAAUACUUGCUUGAACUGCACCUUUCAUUGAAGUCAGAAGAGGUCCAAUAUUGGGCAGAUCAAUUCUACAGUUACUUGAAUUAUGCCAAAUGCCUGCCUCAACACAUGUUCAAUCCUGAAUUGAAAAUCACUGGUUUCCACUCAGUCAUGACAGCUUUUACUCAGCUCAGCAAACAGAUCCGUGAGAUUGAUGAUGCGCUACCACUUAUGGUUAGUAGCGUCUAUCCUGCCUCUUCAAGCUUAAGAUAUACUACUGCCACCUUGCCUCAUCCAGUCGAUUUCAGUAACGCUAUCGGUUAUCCUAAUACAACUCGUUUCUAUGAAGCAAUCGAUAUUAUUGUGCAAAUCGAACGAUCUGCCAAGUUUCCAGAUGAUCUGAGUGCCCUUCAAAAAGUGAAGCAUUCAUUCUAUUUGAAGAUGGGAGAGGAGCUUAAAAACCGUUAUCAGGUCGAUACUGUCGUUGUUGACGAUAUUUGUGAGAGAAACCCAAUGGCCAUCCGUGGUUAUCUUGACGUUUACUAUCAAGGAUUUGUCUUCCGAUGCCACAUUGGACUUGAACAAGAACCUCAACAGCUGAAAAAGAUUAUAGAUACCAAACUCUCGACACCACUUCAAAAGAGUAUGGCAAAGGAAGCCUUGGAGAAAUACAACUAUAAUAUUACCUAUCAACAAUCACAUACAUUUUCUGUUCAAGCACUCUGUGCACGAUUCACUGCAUAUUCAUCUACAGUUCGGUUAGUCAAACGCUGGUUUGCAUCUCAUAUGCUUUCUCCUCAUGUAACGGACGAAAUGAUUGAAUUGAUUACAGCGUAUGUCUUUUUAGAGCCACACCCAUGGACUUCACCUGUAUCUACCUUUAGCGGAUUUAUUCGUGUUUUGAAUUUGCUCGCUGGCUGGGAUUGGCAAAACACACCACUUAUUGUAGAUAUCGAAGGUGAAUUAACAAAUAAGCAGCGUGACGAGAUCAUUUCGCAGUUCAAUCACCAUCGAACCACAAAUCCACAAAUGACGCGUGGUGUGAUGACUAUUGCAACAGCAAAAGACACAAGUGGCCACCGAUGGACCCGAACAAAGCCAUGCCGUGCUGUAGCUUUGCGUAUUCGUGCAUUAGCAAAGGCCUCCCUCAAGGUCCUGGAUGAUGCUGUUGAACAAGAUAAACCAGAGGACAUCAAGCGUGUAUUUAUCACUCCCAUGUCAGAUUACUCUGUUGUACUUCAAUUAGAUAAAUCAAAAUGCACUCGAUACUAUCAAAGCCUAAACCCUGAACCCAAGUACUUCAAGAGCACGGGAUACAGCUUGUUGGGUGACAGGAUGUUUGCAGGAUUUGAUCCCGUAUCCGAACUGAUAAAAGAAAUCGAACACAUCUAUGGCCAAACAGUGAUGGUAUUCCAUGAUAAAUACGGUGGAGAUAAAUUAGCUAUUGUAUGGAACCCUUUAGCAGCUGAACCUAUUCAAUGGAAGGUGUCAGCUGGAUUCAAUAGUGUCCCUGUAGACAUGAAGAAGAAUGGAUUCUUAAAGAUUCCCAAAGGACAAGAUGAAGUGUCUAAACUCAUUGCUCCUAACUUUGAUGCCAUCUUGGAGGAAAUCAAGCGAAUGGCUGGCAAUUUAUUAAUCAAUUAAUAAACUUGAGUUGUAU